GGGGAGUUGUGCAGUCUUCCUUUUCUUCCGUGGCGGCCUUUGGGUUCAGAACGUGGUUCCUGGCGAGCCGUGAAUUAUUUUCAUUAUGGCUUGUACCCGACCGCUGAUCUCGGUCUACUCCGAUAAGGGAGAGACUUCAGGCAAGAAUGUGAUGUUGCCUGCUGUGUUCACGGCUCCCAUCCGUCCAGAUGUGGUGAACUUCGUGCACACCAACAUGCGCAAGAACAAGCGCCAGCCGUAUGCUGUCAGUGACCUAGCUGGUCACCAGACUAGUGCCGAGUCCUGGGGUACAGGCAGAGCUGUGGCUCGUAUCCCCAGAGUGCGUGGUGGUGGUACCCACCGCUCUGGCCAGGGAGCCUUCGGAAACAUGUGUCGUGGUGGUCGCAUGUUCGCCCCCACAAAGACCUGGCGUCGCUGGCACCGCAAGAUCAAUGUCACCCAGAAGCGUUAUGCUGUCUGCUCUGCCCUGGCUGGUUCUGCCCUUCCUGCUCUUGUCAUGGCCAAAGGUCAUCGCAUUGAGGAGAUUCCUGAGGUGCCACUUGUUGUUGAUGACAAAGUUGAGGGAUACAAGAAAACCAAGGAAGCUGUGCUUCUGCUGAAGAAGCUCAAGGCCUGGAACGACAUCAAGAAAGUUUAUGCCUCUCAGCGCAUGCGUGCCGGCAAGGGUAAAAUGAGAAACCGCAGACGUAUCCAGCGCAAAGGACCAUGCAUCAUCUUCAAUGAAGACAACGGUGUCACAAAAGCUUUCAGAAACAUACCAGGUGUUACACUGCAGCGUGUGACUAAGCUCAACCUCCUAAAACUUGCCCCUGGUGGUCACAUUGGCCGUUUCUGUAUCUGGACCGAGGGUGCCUUCCGCAAGCUUGAUGACCUCUAUGGCACCUGGCGUAAACCUUCAUCCCUCAAGGUGGACUACAACUUGCCCAUGCACAAAAUGACCAACACAGAUUUGGGAAGAAUCCUGCAAAGUGAAGAACUCAACAAAGCCCUUCGUGCCCCCAACAAAAAGAUUCGCCGCAGAGUUCUCAAGAAGAACCCAUUGAAAAAUCUCAGAAUAAUGAUGAAGCUCAAUCCUUACGCCAAGACAGCACGCCGUCAUGCCAUCCUGAAGCACAAGCCUGAGAUUAAGGCUAAAAUGCUGAAGCCCAAGGUAAAGAGGAUAAGGAAGGUUAAGAAGGUCAAGAAGGCCAAGACUCCAGCACCUUCUGCAAAAGAGUAAAGCUGUAUGUGUAUACUGCAACUCUGACCAUAGUUCCACAAAUAAAGUAACCUGAAAAGUGAAA